AUGCUUCGACUUGAGACCUCCAGCUACUGUAGCCACAUAUAGAGCCUGCGGUGCCCGGACCGCUGUCGUAACUCUACCCGCGUCUUUUGCGGCUUCGCUGCUAUUGCUGGCUGGGGCAACAGUGUCUACCGCUCCAGCUACUUGAGCACUCCUGUCUAGACUUACCCGACGCGACUCUUCUAUCACGCCUGGCUGCCUAACACGCGGUACUACGGCUGCUUGUCUGCGGUUCACCUUAUCUGCUUCCUGCUUCUUGCCCACCAGAGGGUGAACACGCUUUUUUCGGUGUUCUUUCUCCCUCUUCUCUAACUUGGAACGUUUCCACACGGUUUGUCGGUGGUCAGCUUUCCCCGUUCCGAGUACUGAUUUGUUUCCAAGCGACAUAUUUCCCACGUCAGCCGAGGGAUACUGCUGCGUUGGGCAACCCUACGGUUUUUUAACAAGUUGCACGCCCGCUUCUUCCAUCUGGCGGACAUGUUCACACUCACUCCUCGUGUGAGUGAAUCUGCCGGGGCGGCUUCGGCAGAGCAAGAAAUCGCAGGGAUGCGUAACGGUCGUUUUCCUUUUCUUCGUAGGGUCGGAGGAACCACCACCCCGUGCUUUGUUGUUGUAGCGGCCCGGGAUGUCCUCUGCCGCUUUGCCUUCGAUUUUGAUCGACGGUGGCAGGUCGACAUGCGAGCUUCAUUUGUCGCGCUUACAACGGUCAAGGUGUUGCAUCCCACUUGUCAGGCGACAAGAGAUGGAGACAAAGUUCUGGAAGGCAGCAGGUGCCCAAAAUGCAGUGCCGAUACCGGAGGGCUCGGGGCCGCGGCUAUCGAUCUCUUGCGUGUAGUGGACAUCCGACUGGACCGAGGUGUGCACGACCAAUGUCGAGACGUGAUUUUUAACGAGGUGAAGGCGAGGUUCGACGACCUGGAGAGUCAGUACUGCUUCGCUUGCCCGGCGGAUACCUUCAGGAAGGAGGGCGAGUUGAUUCGAAAAAUCGUGGCCACAGCUGUGAAGGGGGGAUUCGCUGAGGUGGAAGAGGAGAUCAGCAGCUUUAAGGACGAGAUUAAGGAAGCAAUCAACGAGGUGAAGGGCGACACAAAGGGAGGAUUCAACGCGGUGAAGGACGAGAUGAAGGCGGGAUUCACUGAGGUUGCAGGGGGAUUCACCAGCGCGAAGGGUGAGAUGAAGGAAGGAUUCAACGAGAUGAAGGGUGAGGUCAAGGGAGGGUUCGACGACACCACGACCGCGUUGCGUGACGUGAAGGACGAGGUGGAGGGGGGAUUGGGGGACACCGUGACCGGGUUGCGUGAAGUGAAGAAGGAGGUGAAGGAUGGGUUCGGCACGAUGCAGGGAAGCUUGGACAAGGUGCUAGAGAGCAGCCAGGAAAGCCUCAUGCGCCUGAAGGACUUGCAGGCCCUGAACUACCGUUACCCUCGCCUUGUCAUCGUCAAGGAGGCUGGAAUUUGUGGCAGAUCUUCGAAGGCCACUGGGUGGAAGAGGUUUCUUCCGAACAAGUUUCGUGGCGUGGGGAAGAAGGACAUGGCACUUCAUUUCUUGUGCCCGGUCGACAUGACGAAGGUGCCGUGCGGCUAUGGUGGUGAAGGCUACCGAUUUCAGGAGACGCGGGACUGGGUGAAGAAAAUAUCGCCUGUGCUUCAGGUGGCGGUGGUGACCGCGAAGGUGGCGCUGAACGCGACGACAGGGCUGAACGUGGAUAUCUCGGAUUUCCUGAAGGACGUGAAAGAUGGAUUGGUCGAAGAACUUGUCGACCGCACUCUCGACGAGGACGCGCUGCUUCGUGCUGUUUUGGGUGAGGACAGCAUCGGCGCAGAUAUGCAAAGGGAUACAAGGGCCUCGUAUGAGGCGCUGAAAGUUUUCAUGGAAAACGAGGAACGCAGGAGGCGGAAGAACGCCCGGGAUGGUGAUGGCUACAUAGACUUCAGGGAGGAGAUGAAGCGUGUCACCAACGGGAGGGGCGGGAUGGUGUGGGUUCGGAACGACAACGUUCAAAAGUGGUUGGAAUCGCGUUCGACUGCCGCUCCAACUCGCUAGACGUCGGUCUCGUUAGAUGCAGCGUAUGCACAUGAAACCACCCUAACCGCGGACGUUGUAGUGCCCACGGGGUACAGACUGGAUAUCACCGCGAGCGAAUGUUUCGGCUCGGGGAGAACGAGCGCAUCUCGUUGUUCUGUGUUCGGUGUCUGACCGUCAAGUUCCCGAAACACCGGACCUUUGUAGAGGGAGUAGUUGUCCAGUGUCCCGAGAAUCCACGCAUUCCGGUAGCUUGCGUGAUACGGCGGGAGUUCUUCGCACAUACGGGGGUGUUCUUGCAGGCUAUGGUGGGCACCGUGCAAUGGAUUGCACAAACUCUUGUUCUUGCACACGUUGUGUCUCAAUGGAGUGGCUGUGGUUGAUGCCUGGAGGUCGCGUUUUGUUGCCUGAUGCAGUUGCGUUGUUUUCAUGUGGUUUUUGUCCGCUUUCAUUUCAUGUGUCUCCCACAGACCUUGGUGGUCGUUUUAUGUUUUGUGCGCCCUUCCAAAAAAAGGGAACAGGGAAUUCAAAAAUGUUUUCUGACUAACCACAACAUCGUUCGUUGGAACACUUUCGGCCUCCCAGGUUGUUGCCUGUGGACGGAUACGCCUCAACAUUCCGUUAAUGAAGAGUAAGGGUGCACGAAAAACGUUAUCCCGCCCACGUACCGUAAGUAGGGCGCAGGGCCCAAUUUGAGAAUAUUUGCUGUACAUGCCCUCUGUUGUUUGUAGGAGGGGUGUUUUUUCGCACAGUGCUGGCACGGAGAAAAGAAACCAGGUUUUGGCUCAGUUUCUUCUUUCAUCGUCACUGUCGAGCAUGUGUUGGUACAUAUGGUAGAGCUGUGUUUCUUAACCCUAUUU